AAAAUGCUUAAAGUCUGGGAGAGGAUAGAGUUCUGGAGGCAUCACAUACACUUGCCUUAUCUCUCUCCAAGACAGCUGCUUUUAGGCACCUUCAGGACAGAAGAAUGACCAGUAUCAACCCUUAAUCUGAACUAGUACAGCUUUCCUCUUGAACCAUUUGCAUGGAUGUUAACAAAAAGUUCUCCAGACUUAAUCCUGAAAUGGAGCUGUUCUCAGAUCCAUGGCAGAAAAAUGGAUGAUGAUGAUGAUGACAUUCCCCAGCUUUCAUCCCAUACAUUGGCUGCCCUCCAGGAGUUCUAUUUGGAACAGCAGCAGAGAGAGGGCAUGAAGACCUCCCAGGGGUUUAAUCAAUAUUCCAUUGGCUCAAUAGAAGAAGACUGGCAACUGAGCCAGUUUUGGUACAGCGAUGAAACUGCAUCAUGCCUGGCUAAUGAAGUGGUUGUGGCAGCUGGAAAAGGUGGCAGGAUAGCAUGUGUUAGUGCACCAAGUGUGUACCAGAAACUGAAAGAACAUGAUGGUAAAGACUUUUCAGUGUGUAUACUGGAGUAUGACAGAAGGUUUUCUGUAUAUGGAGAAGAAUUUAUCUUCUAUGAUUACAACCACCCUUUGAACUUACCUGAAAAUCUCCUGCCACACAGUUUUGACAUCGUAAUAGCAGAUCCACCCUAUCUGUCUGAGGAGUGUCUUCAAAAAACUGCAGAGACCAUCAAAUACUUAACAAGAGGAAAGAUUCUGCUUUGCACAGGUGCAGUCAUGGAGGAACAGGCAGCAAAGCACCUUGGUGUGAAGAUAUGCAAGUUUAUUCCAAAACACUUGCGAAAUUUAGCCAAUGAAUUUCGAUGUUACGUGAACUAUGCUUCUGGACUGGACUGAUUCUCAUAAGAUGAUCUACAACUUUUUCAGUCAAGCUCCUUUCUGUUUUUUAUCAGUGAAUCCACAUUUCUCAAUGCUGAAAUAUUCAGCUCCAAGUACUGUUUCUGGGCUAGCUUUAAUCAACACGAUGUGAUAGCCUCUCUGUUUUAAAUGUGUAAGCAUUUGCAGUUACUGGUUUUUAUCCUACCUGUUAGGUAAAUGGGGACCAAACAAUGCAGAUAGUGGAUAAUGGGAACUUCCCUGUUAGGAGUUUCAUUCUAUUAACUGGUAGUUUUUACCAUUCAAGGACUCUUCACUGACCUCUCUGAAGUGGUUUUAGCUGGUUGGCUUAUAACAACACAUAGGUGCUUUCCUCACAGACAUCAGGAUCAUCAUUGCUUCAGAGCUGAUGACUUGGUAGCUAGUGGAUGGUUCAAAGAGCAUGAAUACUGGUCUCCUCUCAAUCUUGAGAUGUACUCCCUUAGAGGACUGAGAGAAGUUUGCUCUGAAUGUGUCACAUGUUUUCAGAUUCAUUAUCCAGCAGGCUCAUAUUUUUAUAAAGGUUAACUAGAAGAGAAGAUAGGUCUCCUUCUGGGGAGGCCUCUACAGUUGUUUUUAAUAAUAAUCAGAACUACCUACCAGUUGCCAAGUAAGAUAAGACCUGCUAUCCACUACUGUUGCCAGACUGGCUUUUUAAAAAUUUGUGGUUAUUAUUUCACCUUUUCUCUAAAGCCCAGCCUUUCUUUUUGUAACAGAAAGAUCUAUUCUGUCAUCACUUACCACCAUCUAAACUUGUGUAUGUACAAAUGCUGUACUAGAGAAGAAGUAAUCUAAGUUGUUAAAUGUCUCUUUGCAGAAGUACAGCGCGUUUAUUUUACAGUGUUUAUGUGUUAGCGCAACAAAGUCAUAAGCUUUCAAAAGACCACACAACUAGGCUGUUUGAUUUACUAGUUAAGCUAAUCUCCAGAGGUGGUAUAAACUUGAUGUCUCUUUUGAAAAAAGCACAAUAAGGAUUUCCCCAUUACAGAGAGCUUUAGGUUCAUUAAGAAUCCUACUUAUUAGUCAAGCCAAAUCACCUGGAAUACGAAGUAAUUACUAAAUAAAAAUGCAACACAUCAGCCUGUCCUUGUAGUAAUGCUUCAGACUGUGUUCAUGGGUUCUCACUUGGAGUUAUUCUUACUGUUGGUUAUAAGAUACUUCUGUAGUGAUGUGACCCAUACAUGUUAGUCCCUUAAAUCUUGAAUCAUAAUGGAUCUGAUUAAAUGUAGUGCCUGCUUUUUAGUAGAUUUCAAUACCAAGCUAAAAAUGAUUUACAGGUAUGUCAAGUUUGUAGUUACAAGAACAGUCCUUUUUUUUUUCCAAUUGCCCAGUUUUGUCUUUGUCCUGUUGCAGACAGCAGCAGAGCAGUAGAAGCAGCAUCUUAGAAAUCGUUGAAUCUUACAAGGCCACUGAGGUAAAACAUAAUGUAUUGAUAAACUCCCGCUGUUUCUAAUAGACAAAUGGAGGAAGAGCUUGCAGGGAGGAUGGAGAGCAAGCUCUUCUGGCAGUGUCUGAGCCCAUGGCUGAUACAGUUUUGUCUUUCAAACCAGAAGCCAUCCUUGCUGCUGAGCCCAGUAAAGCCAGAAUCCCCCCUCAAAAAGGACAGUCCACAGGUGACAUACAGCUGAGUUUAGCUGUUUGCCUGGAGGCUACACCAUUGAUUUUAUGUGGCCAGUUUCAAAAUAAAGCAAACCAGAAUGUUAAAUGCACAGAUAUUGGCAGAAAUCUAUACUUCACAAUUGUAAACUGUUUUAUGAUUAUUACCUCAGUGCCUUGCACAUGAAGCAGAUGGAGACAAUGAAGUAAUUCCUGAAACUUUAUUUUUAUCUACGUAGAGGCUUUAAGUGGGACAGGUAUUUUCAGAAGGGAUGAUAUUCUUCACCCCCCAAUUAGAAUGUGCAGUUCAAAUACAAACUUCACCUAUGUUGCUGCUUUGCUAUUAAUUCUUUCAGUUGCCUGCUUCAUUUUGGUAACUGUGUGUUUGUUGGGCUCUCUAUAUCAGAAUUAAAAGACAACUUUGCUAACUUCAUCAGAGACCUUUCUUAAAGUCCACCAUUCAGUUGUACCAAGAAAUUCAGUUCACCAAGAAAAUAACUGCUACUUCUCACAUAUAGGUUGGGUGGCUUUGAAAAGAGGCACUGUGAAGAUGCACGAUUAUGAAAAUGAGGGUACAUGUAAAUCUGUAUAAAUGCACUCAACAGAGCAGCCCGUUGUCCACCAGCUUCCCUCCUAAAAGCCUGGUGAAUGCAGGCGGCUGCCCAAGCAGAGCUUGACUAGGGGCAUUCACAGCCUUCAUCAAUGGUAGGAGGUAAACUAUUUUUGUCAUACUUGUUUCCAAGGAAGUAGCUGUGUGAAGGUUACAAGUCACAAAAAUGCAUAGUGAAUCUGUGCUUUGUGCCAUCAUAGUAACUUUAAGAAAUACUGUGUGACAGCAAAAUCUCUUUUCCAUAAUAGGAUUAUGAAAAAAACCUUCAGCCUCAA